CUCUCCCUCUUUCUCUGUCUCUCUUUCAAGACACCAGGAGAGCUAUAUAUUUGAUCAUUUUGAUUCUGUGCUGUUGCAUCAUCUGUCAAAAUAAAGGCCAACUGAUAAUAAGAUUGUCUGUGAGGGCUGAAGAGAAACUGAUGAUGAAUGAAGAUCAGGUGAAAGAGAUAAUCCAGAGAUGGAGAAAUACUCAAGAAGACGAUCUGAAGCCUGAGGACUACCAGCAGUUCAAGACUUUGGGAUGUGCCAGUCUCAGUGAGGGUGAAAGUCAACAGCUCUUAAAAUUCAUACAAGAUGAGAAAAACCAGGUUAUUGUGAAAUCUAUGGGCUGUGUUAUACUGGCACCUCUUCUAAACGAAGUUGUAAAAAAAGCUAAGGGUCUGGAUCAAUACCAAGCUGCCAUCACACAUCUGACCAGGACUUGCAGGCCAAAUGAACUCCUGGAUUGCAUGCUUGAAAUAAUUGAAGGCAUUGAUCCAGGUGCCAUUUCCGAGACAAUCCUAGCCCUUCUUCCGCAUCUUCAAUCAGUACUUCUCCGACUGGAUGAGGGGAAGGCAGCCUGUGUGGGCUCGACUCUGUCGGCCCUGCAGAAGCAGCUGUCCCGGCUGCCUGUGCCUUACACGGAGCAGCAGGAGGAGGCUGAUGAGUACGGCCUGUGCCGCUGCAGCGCUGCCUUGACUGUGUUCACAGAACCUUUUGUGGAGGUGGUGAAAAGGACAGACGGAAAUUGUGCUGCUACAGCUGAAGAUGAGGAGCUAAAGAUUGAGCUUCUGAAGUUCUGCAUGAGGAGUUUGAGAGAGCCUUUGCUUGAGGCUGAACUGAAGCACGACAGAAGAUCACCAUUGUGGCUCUUUGCAGUAGAGAUAAUGGUCACACUUUCUGCAAUCAAAGAGCCUCUUCCGGAGCUCUUAUUCUUCAGCUCACUGAGGAAAAACAUCCUGAUGGACAAUAAUCAGUUCAAGGAGGCAAGAGCAUGUCUGGCUUAUCUGCUGUUUGUUCAGCUCAUUACCAUUGACAACUUUCCAGCAGUGUUUAGCCAUGUGUUUAUUCUCCAGUGCAACAUGGAAUACAUCAGUCAGCUGCUCAGCAGCAAAAAAGAAUCACAUUUGCUCAAAGGAUUGGCGCUGUUCACAAAAAGCUUGGAGCGUGUGCAGGACAACAGCCUCCCAGUGAGUCUGCUGGAUCUGAAGAGCUUCUACAGUGUGACACAGAACCUGCGGCGAGUUCUUACCGACUGUCCAAUACAGCACUUGAGAGAAUCGGGCCUGCAGGUUUUCCAGGUAUUCAUCAAUAAAUUAGAUGCAGAAGCAAAGCACAAAUUCUUCAGGUGCAUGUUAAAAACCAGCAAUCACGCAGGAAUAGAAAGUUAUAUAAUCAAGAACAUCAGGAAUCAAUUUGAACUUUCUAUGAAGUGGGGUAACGCCAAUGAGUGGUUCUUGGGAACGGAGUUUAUUUCACUGAUGACACUGGUGCUGUGCUUGCCACAAGGUGCUCAGACAGAUUUGCUCAGCAGUAUGGACAAGAUAAUGGAGAGCCUAAAUCUGCUACGCUAUGUUCUUAUCAGAGACGAAGAGCUGAGAACCAAUGAAGAUGUGUGGGAAGAGUUGUGCAGGAUCAAAGAGGAAUACCUAAAAAUGCUGCGUGUAUGUAUCAGCAUAUCAAGAGCGUAUUAUUCCUCUGAACUGAAAGCACUGAGGGAGGACCAAAAGCUAAAAGCAAAAGAAGCCAGAGAUGCUGCUCGACCCACUAAAUUAGUCAAAAGCAUCACAGUAAGGAAGGAGAAAGUGUCCAACAUGUCCCCGGAGGUCCAGCAUCAGGUGCUGCAGAGUGCUUUGGUGACAUUUGACCUCAUGGAGAGUCUUAUAGUCCGAAUCGAAGAGAUCACAGAGGAAAAGCAGAACAAACUAAACUGAGGCUCUGAAUUCAGACCCUUCAAUAUUUUUCUAAAUAUAUCUUUAUUUGGUUUGCUUUGUUUGACUGAAUAAAGUGUGUGCUUAUAUACAAGAAUGUAUACAAGAUGAUACUAUAUACUGAAAUGUCUGCUUUUCUAUGUUCAGCACAUUGGGCUCCUGCUGGUUAGCAUUAAAUAAAACAUGUCGAAUCACC